UGCAAAUUUUGCCUUAAAGAGGACUUAGCUGAACAGCAGUUCUCACGAAAAACUCCCACUGUUGCUAGAGAUACAAGAGGUUCCUAAUCUGAUUCUCCACCCUGGAUAAGAACUUUUGUCUCUCAACGUCUCUUACAUUGCCUGCAGUCUGUGUGGUAUAAGUCGUCAACUUUAACCUAAACAAGACUACCAAACAUCCUGCUACUAUAGUAGUAUUUACAUAUUGCCCAUUGAUUUGCAAUGUUUAGACCACUUGGCUAGAUUCCCAAUCUUACGUCACAUUCUUCUACCGAAAAUAGUUCUAUGCCCAUCUUCUAAAACUUUAUUCUGAAUGAAUAUUCAUUGAUAUCAUUUCUGCUGGGUUAUGUCAUAAUUUCUGUUGUGACCAAGAUCCGCAUAACUCCCUAAUUCUGAGAUAACGGUGACAGUGAACUAUAUCUUAUUCCUGAAGAAGGCAACAACAACAACAACAACAACAACAAAGGAUUUACAUACAUAUCUCUGACCCAUGAAGCUAGACGGUGAUAAUCCAUUUGCUAUCAGAUACUGUUAGUUGUCCCUUGUUUAAGGAUUGCAUCACUCCUUAAAUUUUCUCAUCCCAGAUAGGAAACCCCCAGUUGCUGAGCAGGGAAUAUUGCAACACUCUCUGGAACAGUAGCACUUGCAAAUCCACUUUGAAAACGGCUCCUUUCUGGCAAACAGCUCCUUCCCAGAAAACAUCUGGGAACAAGAAUUGCCAGAUUCUUUUGUCCUUCCAACUACUUUUUUCUGGAGAUUGUGUUGGAGUGGAGGUUUCUGAUCCCUGGUUACGUUGUUUCCUUUUCUUCUGAUGGAGUCUGACAUGCUGCAGUCCCCCCUCCUAGGGCUUGGGGAGGAAGAUGAGUCGGACAUGACUGACUGGAAUCUGCCCUUGGCCUUCAUGAAGAAGAGGCACUGUGAGAAAAUUGAGGGCUCCAAGUCACUGGCUCAGAGUUGGCGGAUGAAAGACCGGAUGAAGACGGUUAGUGUUGCCUUAGUGUUGUGUCUAAAUGUCGGUGUAGACCCUCCUGAUGUGGUGAAGACAACUCCAUGUGCCCGUCUUGAGUGCUGGAUAGAUCCUCUGUCAAUGGGGCCACAGAAAGCUUUGGAAACUAUUGGUGCAAAUCUGCAGAAACAGUAUGAAAACUGGCAACCAAGGGCCCGAUACAAGCAGAGUCUUGAUCCUACAGUGGAUGAAGUUAAAAAGCUAUGCACCUCAUUGCGUCGAAAUGCCAAGGAAGAGAGAGUUCUCUUCCACUACAAUGGGCAUGGUGUCCCCAGACCAACAGUAAAUGGAGAAAUAUGGGUCUUCAACAAGAACUAUACUCAGUACAUCCCAUUAUCCAUAUAUGAUCUACAGACAUGGAUGGGCAGUCCCUCUAUCUUCGUGUAUGAUUGCUCAAACGCUGGCCUUAUUGUCAAAUCUUUCAAACAGUUUGCCCUGCAGAGGGAGCAGGAGCUGGAGGUGGCUGCAAUUAACCCUAACCAUCCACUGGCUCAGAUGCCCUUGCCUCCUUCAAUGAAAAAUUGCAUUCAACUGGCAGCAUGUGAAGCCAGUGAGUUGUUACCGAUGAUCCCUGACCUGCCAGCUGACCUGUUCACAUCCUGUCUUACUACACCAAUCAAGAUUGCACUGAGAUGGUUUUGCAUGCAGAAGAGUGUGAGACUGGUGCCGGGAGUCACGCUGGAUUUAAUAGAGAAAAUUCCUGGGAGGCUAAAUGACAAGACGCCUCUGGGAGAAUUGAAUUGGAUCUUUACAGCCAUCACAGAUACAAUUGCAUGGAACGUCCUACCCAGAGAUCUUUUCCAAAAGCUCUUCAGGCAGGAUCUACUGGUGGCAAGCCUCUUUCGAAACUUUUUAUUGGCAGAAAGGAUAAUGAGGUCUUACAAUUGCACACCUGUCAGCAGCCCUCGUCUACCUCCGACUUACAUGCAUGCCAUGUGGCAAGCUUGGGACCUCGCUGUGGAUAUCUGCCUUUCUCAGUUGCCCACCAUUAUAGAGGAAGGAACUGCAUUCAGGCACAGCCCGUUCUUUGCUGAGCAGCUAACAGCGUUCCAGGUAUGGCUAACGAUGGGAGUAGAAAACCGCAAUCCACCGGAACAGCUUCCCAUUGUGCUGCAGGUGUUGUUAAGUCAAGUGCAUCGGUUGCGAGCUCUUGAUUUACUGGGACGGUUUUUGGACUUAGGUCCUUGGGCUGUUAGCCUGGCUCUGUCUGUUGGCAUUUUCCCUUAUGUGCUAAAGCUUCUCCAGAGUUCUGCUCGAGAGCUCAGACCUCUUCUGGUCUUCAUCUGGGCCAAAAUCCUUGCAGUGGACAGUUCAUGCCAAGCCGACCUUGUGAAGGACAACGGUCACAAAUAUUUCCUUUCUGUUUUGGCAGAUCCCUACAUGCCGGCUGAACAUAGGACGAUGACAGCUUUUAUCCUGGCAGUGAUUGUCAACAACUACAAUACCGGGCAGGAAGCCUGUCUUCAAGGGAACUUGAUUGCCAUUUGCCUGGAGCAGCUCAAUGAUCCACAUCCUCUUCUGCGCCAGUGGGUGGCUAUUUGCUUGGGGCGAAUUUGGCAGAAUUUUGACUCUGCAAGGUGGUGCGGUGUGAGGGACAGUGCCCAUGAAAAGCUCUACAGCCUUCUCUCUGAUCCAAUCCCAGAGGUUCGCUGUGCUGCAGUCUUUGCCCUUGGCACCUUUGUAGGCAAUUCGGCUGAGCGGACAGAUCAUUCUACCACCAUUGAUCACAAUGUUGCCAUGAUGCUGGCUCAGCUCAUCAACGAUGGAAGUCCCAUGGUCCGAAAGGAGUUGGUGGUGGCAUUGAGUCACCUUGUGGUCCAGUAUGAAAGCAAUUUCUGCACUGUUGCAUUGCAGUUUAUGGAAGAAGAAAAGAACUAUGCACUGCCAUCACCAGCUGCUCCAGAAGGUGGAAGCCUGACUCCAGUGCGAGACAGUCCCUGCACACCAAAACUCCGUUCUGUCAGCUCUUAUGGGAAUAUAAGAGCGGUCACAACAGCAAGGAAUUUGAAUAAGUCUCUGCAGAAUCUCAGUUUGAAUGAAGAAUCUGGGAGCUCUGUUGCCUUUUCCCCUGGGAACUUGAGCACCAGCAGCAGUGCCAGUAGCACCUUGGGCAGCCCUGAGAACGAAGAGUAUAUCCUGUCUUUUGAGACCAUUGACAAGAUGAGAAGAGUCAGCUCCUACUCUUCACUGAAUUCACUGAUAGGAGUUUCUUUCAACAGUGUUUACACACAGAUUUGGAGAGUCCUCUUACACUUGGCUGCUGACCCAUACCCAGAUGUUUCAGACUUGGCUAUGAAAGUGCUCAACAGCAUUGCUUACAAGGCGACGGUAAAUGCCCGCCCCCAGCGCAUCCUUGACACUUCUUCUCUCACACAGUCUGCCCCAGCCAGUCCUACCAACAAGGGCAUGCACAUACACCAAGUGGGAGGAUCUCCACCAACCACCAGCACCAGUAGCUCCAGCUUGACCAAUGAUGUGACAAAGCAGCCGGUCAACCGGGACAUGUCAUCUGUAAGACCUGCAAAUGUGGGCAACAUGGGGGUGCAAUACACUCCACACUCCCACCAGUUUCCUAGGACAAGGAAAAUGUUUGACAAGGGCCCAGAUCAGACAGCCGAUGAUGCCGAUGAUACUGUGGGGCAUAAAAACUUCAUGUCAGCAACAAUGCAGACGGGGUUUUGCGACUGGAGUGCCAAGUAUUUUGCUCAACCGGUGAUGAAGAUUCCAGAAGAACAUGAUUUGGAGAGCCAGGUCCGCAAAGAAAGGGAGUGGCGGUUUCUGCGCAAUGCCAGAGUCCGAAAGCAAGCACAGAAAAUCAUCCAAAAAGGUAUUUCACGACUAGAUGAUCAAAUCUUCCUGAACAGGAACCCUGGCAUGCCGUCAGUGGUCAAGUUUCACCCAUUCACCCCAUGUAUAGCGGUGGCUGACAAGGACAGCAUCUGUUUUUGGGAUUGGGAAAAGGGAGAAAAGCUGGACUAUUUUCACAAUGGGAACCCACGCUACACAAGGAUCACUGCCAUGGAAUAUCUGAAUGGACAAGACUGUUCUUUGCUCCUGACUGCUACAGAUGAUGGUGCUAUAAGGGUGUGGAAAAACUUUGCUGACCUGGAGAAGAAUCCAGAGAUGGUAACGGCCUGGCAGGGCUUGUCAGACAUGCUGCCAACGACACGCGGAGCAGGGAUGGUGGUGGACUGGGAACAAGAAACUGGCCUUCUCAUGACUUCUGGAGAUGUACGAAUUAUAAGAAUCUGGGAUACAGACCGAGAAAUGAAAGUUCAGGAUAUUCCCACAGGGGCUGACAGCUGUGUCACCAGCCUGUCCUGUGACUCGCAUCGUUCACUCAUUGUAGCGGGGCUUGGUGAUGGUUCUGUUCGUGUUUAUGACCGGCGGAUGGCUCUGAGUGAAUGCCGAGUGAUGACCUAUCGAGAGCACACAGCCUGGGUGGUGAAAGCGUAUUUGCAGAAACAUCCUGAAGGCAACAUCAUGAGUGUCAGUGUUAAUGGAGAUGUCCGUUUCUUUGACCCAAGGAUGCCAGAAUCAGUGAAGGUCCUGCAGAUAGUAAAAGGACUGACAGCUCUGGACAUCCACCCACAAGCCAACCUGUUUGCGUGUGGCUCUAUGAAUCAAUUCACUGCAAUCUACAAUGGGAAUGGUGAGCUGAUCAACAAUAUCAAGUACUACGACGGAUUCAUGGGCCAGCGAGUGGGUGCCAUCAGCUGCCUAGCCUUCCAUCCACACUGGCCUCACCUGGCAGUUGGAAGCAAUGACUACUACAUCUCUGUGUACUCGGUGGAGAAGCGAAUCAGAUAACAGUUUGUGUGGCUGCUCUGUCAAGAGCAGGACAUCUUCUGGCAGGUGGGACCGUGUCUCACUCGUGGUGUACAUAGUGAAACUAUCGACUUGAAUGUUUAGUGUUGGCUGCUGCUGCUGCUGUGCAACCCCCCCGUAACUUGAACACUUUUUCCCUCCUGAUUUAGCUACUGAUGAUUUUGAGUCAGAGGGGAGGGGAGAGAAGCAGCCUCUUGCUUUUCUUCCGAGCCAGAACCUUCAGGAGCAGCAGAAAAUGAGUAUUUAUAUUCUCACCGGGUUUCACCACCACUGCCCAUGACUGCUUCUCUGGUUGCUUGGCAUUAUGGCUCCUACAAACUAAGAGGAUGAUUCCUUCCUAGAACAGGGGUGGGUUUUCCUUUGAAUCAGGAAUUAAUUCAGGACUCACCUAGUGUUCUACAUACUCUACCUAGAACGUCUGUGGCUGCUACCUAUUUUGUGCCAAGUGCUGGCCCUGGCAGUCGCAUGCUAGCAGGCUGCCGGUCUUGGAUAGUUCUGUGUGUAUCUUACUACUCUAUAAGCCACCGGCCACCUUCUUUUGCAUUUACUGUUCCACUGGUAAAAGACGAAAGGAAAGCCCUAAGGAAGAAAGAGUCUCUCGGUGCUGCUGAAAAUACUACAGAGUUGGCUGCCACUACGGAAGGGAAAGCAGGAAACUUGCCCCCACUUCCUGGGUGUCUGUUGGGGAAAUCGGAGUGACACAUUUGAGAAGCUGUGUCAGUACAUGUGACAGGACAGGAGACCUUCCCCUCUGAUGUCCAUUCAAUCUAUAAGUUGCUCCAGCCAUCCUCUAAUUCCUUUUGCUCACAGCAGAACCCCAUAAGCACAAGAAAUGGCCUGCUACCUCCUCAUAGAGAGCAAGGAGUUCACUUAUCAUUGUACCACUGCCUUAAAUCCUACCCCCCCUCCUGUUCUCCUUUUGCAAGAAGUGCUAUUAUUCAGCUUGGUAAUGGAUGCAGAUAUUGCAGCACACAUACAGAACAGGCUUGUGCAGAGGGUCCCUCCUCCCAUUCACCCCCCCCCAACUUCAGGCACUUGCCCCCUAGGCUGAACACAGGGGAAGCUAUAUGUAUACCUGGCACCCUGUGAUUGCAUGCAUGGUGUGCUGCCUGCGAGAGAACUACUGAUGUUCCUGCUCUCUAGAGAAUGCUGGUUCCAUCUCACAUGCCACCCAUCUCCCAUACAAUAAAGACUUCGGUCUCUUCAGUGUCCAGGGGAGGAGAAUCCCAAUUAAAUGGCUGCCUGAGUAGGGACACAAAGACAAGAAAGCCCCUUUGCAUUAUGUUGUGCCAGCAUUGUGCAGCUAUUGGCAUUGGCUCCAAAAUCAGUUGUCCACAAAGCUGUGGAGAGGCAUGGAAUUCUGUCGUCUUGCCACUAAUUUUGUCGCUUGUGAUAGCAUUAAGAAUAGAGAUAGCAUCCAAUUCAUCUUGAAUUGUGGAUGUCAGCUUUUCCUUGCUUGCAAAAUCCAUCUCCUGGCUCUCGCUAUGAAGCCUGCUAUAUGUUUUUUUUUUCUUCUCCCCCCGCCCCCUUCUAGGCUGAGAGCCACCAUGUAAGAUACUAGGCAGAGGCCAAGGGAGGAUUGCUCAUAUAGGUAGAAACCUAUACUGAAAGCUGCCAAAAUUAAGUGAUGGGAAUAAACCCAAGAGGUGACUUGACACAUUAGUUUGCUGAUCCCCAGUGUCAGUUGUGCUGAGAUGCCACAGCCUUGGCCCCAUUGCCGUGCCUGUCCCUCUGUAAGUGGCAAUGAACUCAGGGAAGGGCAGAUAGUUGAUGGAUUUUGCUAACAAGCAUCAAGCCAGAGUCUAAAAUCCAUGUAUAACUGACUUAACCUAAGCAAUUAAAAGCAAAUGAGAAUAUGAUGAUGACGAUUAUUUUUUGUAAUGUAUAUCCUAUAUAUUUUGUUUCAAGAGCAAGAUCCCUUGUGCUUCCCCACCCCCCUCAGUUUGCACAGCCAGGACUAUGGUUGUGGUGGUCUUUUUCUGUUUUAAUCUGUCAGCUUCCAUCCAAAUUUGGGAGGGGGGGAGCUGUGUUUUUUCACAGGUCUGAUGUGGAGAUCCAAUCAUGAAGUUUAACCAAGGCUCCAGAAAGUAAUCUACCUAUAUGGUUCACCUUAUCUCUUUAUUUAUUUUCCAAAAGCAAAAUUUAAAAGAAAAAAAAGUAUAUAUACAUUUAAUAAUAAACCACCACAAGAUUGUACUGUGAGAGUAAAACAAUUAAUGAAAUAAAUGGUUAAUAAAAUGUAAAUGCCGUAA